AUGGAUCCUGGGGGCCACGGCCGCGUGGCCCAAGACCACAACGAGGACGAUGGCGACCCCAACACCCCUGGGCGGGAACGCCAGCCGGCACGUGAGGAUGGCACCCUCACGGUGUUCUUUCCCGUGCCCCACACGGUCCGGUGUUGCGAGGAGGGCUGCAGAGCUGCCUACGCCGCGGCCAAAUGGACAGCGCGGCGGCAGUCCCUCCAGCGGCACCUCGAAGUCGAGCACGGUGCCAGAAUCCGGCGCCCCAUCAACGUGUGCAGUAUCUGCGGCGAGACACUGGGGCUGAGACCAGCCUCCCACGCCUGCCUGGCUGCAGCCGACUCGACCGCCCCCCCUGCUGCCCUGCCACACCAGUGUGGCAGUUGCUCAAUGCCCUUCCCCACAAGGAGGGGCUUGAGCAACCACGAACGGUGGCACAGGAGGGAGACGGCACUAGCAGCCAGGCGUGAUCUCGCCGCGGGUGCAGCCUCUGGUGCGUCGGAGCAGGACAACGACGGCACCCCCCCAACAGAGCAGGACAGCACCGAGGGUCCCGCAGAGGACCCUCCAGAAACACCAGCAGUGGCCAGCGAGCAGGCCGCCGACCAGGAGCCGUCUCCUGUGGCGCCUCGAGGAACACCCGGACAAAGGCGGACCGCGGCCUCGGCCACUCGUUCUCCAACACCAUCGCUGCUAUCCAACCGAGGCAGCCCGGGAGCGCCAGCCUCCGAGGCUCACGAGCCGGCGGCCAUGCAGGAGCUCUCCCCAGGCAGGGCAGAGUCGCAGGACCAUGACGGAAGCACCCAGGACUUCGGGACCCAGGAAGAGCAUGCUGGUACCACGCGGCCAGAGUUCAGUGCAUGGGGCUUAGAAGACGAGACGGCAGAGCUGCGGGCAUUGAGCCGGUUGCCUGAGUCUGCUGGGGAGUGGGCACGGUUUGAAAACAUCCUCGACCGUGCCAUUGCAGCCGCAACCAAACAUCUGCGGCUGCCAGUCGGGGACUCGCGCCAAUCACGGAGGCGCGAGGUGAACCCCGACAACCCCCAGCAUAUCCAAACACUUUACCGAAGGAACCGGCGCCGGGCAGUGCGGCUAAUCACUGAAGGCCCGUCGCAGCUCUGUCCGAUCGACCCCCAUGCACUACAAGACCACUACUCGAACCUCUGGUCACCAACAACCGUGGAUACCAGCAUCCUGCGGUCAAGGCUUCCGGCCACCGAAGAACUGGACUUGUGCCCCUUUUCACCAGAAGAAGUCGCAGCCAAGCUCCGUAAAUGCGAGAGCACAGCUCCAGGGGAGGACCGCCUCACGUACCACCACUGGAGGCAGGUGGACCCUGAGGGCAGGUUCCUUGCGGCGGUAUACAACGUAUGCCUCCAAUACCGCCGCACACCCCUGAGCCGGAAGUCGACGAGGACAAUCCUGAUUCACAAGAAGGGCGACCGCGAGGACCCCACAAACUGGCGACCCAUUGCCCUUGGUCGCACGAUCGCCAAACUGUAUGCCGGGUGUCUCACCACCCGGCUGCAGAGGUGGUUGGGCGACCAUGCGGUACUGUCCAGGUGUCAGAAGGGCUUCCUGCCGCACGAUGGGGUGUUUGAACACAACUUCGUGCUGCGGGGACGCCUGGAUGAUGCCAGGACAGGAGGUGGGGAGCUCUGCGUGGGGUUCCUCGAUUUUGCCAACGCCUUCGGCUCGGUCGCCCAUCAGGCCCUCGUCGACGCUGUCCGUGGCGCCGGCGCGGGGGAGGCCUUUGCUACCAUCGUUGAAGACCUCUACCGCGCCAACACCACCUGCGUCGUGGCAGCAGCUGGCAUUACGGAGCCAAUCACCAUCGGAGCCGGGCUGAGACAGGGCUGUCCUCUGAGCGGCCUGCUUUUCAACCUGGUGGUGGACCCGGUCAUCCGUGCAGUACAGGGAGGCGAUAAGCAGCACAACAUCCUUGCCUACGCCGAUGAUCUGACGCUGCUGGCCGCGGACCCCACCACCCUGCAGAGCCGCUUGGACCGUGUAGCUGCCCUGUCGGCCCGGCUUGCGCUGCGACUGAACGCCGCCAAGUGCCGAUCUCUACACCUGUCUGGUCGCCAUCCUGUGGGCACACGGCCCACCUCCUUCACAGUGGGUGGCGACCCGAUUCCGGCGCUUGGCGACUUCGAGGGGCACAAGUUCCUGGGCCGUCCACUGGGGUUCAGGGUGCUACCGGACGAGACGACGGUCGACGAGGCCAUCCACCUAGCAGAAAGCUACUCUCCUCCAUGCUCGCCCCAUGGCAAAGGCUGGAUGCCAUAA